GAACUCCUACUGUGAUUGACAUGUUACGUGUUUAUUUUAUUUUACAGUUUUCCUGACCCGCAUCUGUUCUUUUCUUCAGGGUCUCUUUAGCACCCUCUGGUGGUCAACACUUAAUUGUACAAACAUGGCCGCCCCCAUCAGGACGUUGUGCUGCUCAGUGUUAAAGAACUCUAACAAAUACUUCAGCACGACCUGUGGGGUCAGAGCUGGGGAGAAAUGGAGACAAGAACAUGGACUCUCUAGAAGCGGCACAGAAUAUGGACCUCUGACUGAUCUGCCUGACUGGUCGUAUGCAGAUGGUCGUCCAGCACCUCCAAUGAAGGGCCAGCUGAGAAGAAAACAAGAGCGAGAAGUUCUGGCGAGACGGAUUGUAAUGCUGAACACAGAGAUGGACCGAGGAAUAGAGACCUGGAAGAAAAAGCAGGAAGAGGCCAAACGAAUAGAGGAGCACAAAAAGUCUCUUUUACUCAAACCUAAAGGAAAUCUUUUAGUGAAAAAAUCGUGAAGUUUUUUUCAUUUAUCACAACUUUUUUUCCAGUUUUUGUUCUGGUGUUUAGUGGAAAUUACCCCACUUCCACCCUUUCGGUUCAGCAUAUAAAACAGGUUGUCAGAAAAAAAAGUUAUAUUAGUUAUUUUAAAAUAUUUGUCAAAACUUUUAAAAAUUUCAUUUUCUUGUUGAAUAUUUCUGCAAUAAAUUUAAUUUUUGGCUUA